AUGAGUAAUUAUAGUUGCUCAAGUAAACUUGACGGCGAUGAUGACCCUGUUAUCUUAAUGGUAUUUCAUUCCAUCUUCUUAUUUCUUGGUGUAUUAGGAAACAUUGCAGUUAUUAUUUACAACAUAUUUCUGAACCAAGAAAAAACUCCAAGCAGCAGGUUGGUUACACACCUUGCUUUGGCUGAUCUUCUCGUCUGUUUAACAUUUUAUGCAACAAAGAUUGUUCAGUUCUUUCAUGAAGAAGUGAAAGAUGAAUGGACAACGAAUACCGCAUUCUAUACGUCUUUAUUUCUUUCCAUAACGAUGCUACUAUCCAUCACAAUUGACAAAUAUCUGUAUAUAGCGAAGCCACUGAAAUAUCCACUGAUCGUGACAACACGAAGAACUUCCAAACUUCUCACAUGUAUCUGGUUAGCUGCACUGGUAAUUCAGCUCCCACUUAUGUAUAUUUCUAUGGACCACAACAAAACAUGCAUUAAAUAUCCUUGUUCACGACUUGUUCUAUGGUUGCAAAUCAUCCAACAAUUAGCCGCCAUUUGUGUCAUGACAACCCUGAAUUACAAAAUGUUCAAGAUCGUCAAAGAGCAAAGACAAAGGAUGGCAUCAGAAUUCGUGUUACAGCCUCAACAGUCAGAGUCGGAACAAAACAUGCAUUGGUUACGUCAUCUUGCAAAGGAAGUAAAAGCUAUGAAGACAUUCGCCAUUAUCGUUGGAGUCUUGACAUCUUGUUUUGUUCCAUCUGUUGUCUUGACUGUCAUGUUUAAUACUUCAAACCGAUAUUCAUACACUGCAUAUCUGAUCAUUCUCGAGCUGCUUGGUAUAAACUCUGUUGCUAAUGCCUUCAUCUACGCAUUAAGACAUAAAAAAUACACAAGGGCUUAUAGGAAACUCUUUUCUUCGGCCUGGGCACGGCUUUUCCCACAAAAUAACUGA